AUGGACGGAACGAAAAUUGAGGAGAAGAAGGUUGAGAAUGCUUCGGAGGCUGCGAAAGGUGAAAGGAGCGAUGACAGUGACCUCGUGGAGAAACCAGUUCUAGAUUAUGGUCUUGGAUAUGGAGACUUUUGCUUCGGGCACCCUUGGGAAUGGCGUAGACUCUAUGGUCCCAACGGGUCAUUUGACACCAACGUAAUGGAAGCAAGCAACGUGGUAGCCUUGCCUGAAAUAACUUCUUUCAAUCGGUAUGAACAACCUAUCAUCAGAUCACACCUUGUAUCAUACAAGUGACCUGUGUGAAUUAGUUCUGGAUGUUUCGACUUUGAAAGACUGCCCAUCGAUAUCCGUCGCCACUUUUUUCGCUUGCUGCUGGCUCCCUUAUUUCGUUACAAUAGGCAGACUCGAAAAUCUGAGUUUGACUUUCGAAUUCGCCGUUGGGCCGAGUGGCAGGAUGAUCCAAAACCACCCACUAGUCGCCGUGGCAACUACAUAAUGGAACCUCUGCUUCCAAAAAUAGCGGUUGAUGGGGUUGAACGUACUGAUUAUCCUUUCCUUGAAUGGAUCCGCAAAGCUUCCAAUGUCAGCAAAUCGUUCAGAAAUGUACUCGCCGAUGUGCUUUGGGAGCGAUCUUCACUUGAAAUCGAUUCGAGCUGGCUUGAGUCUACGUUUGGGGGUUUUGUGCAGGACCGACCAGCGGCAUGCGCUGGAGUUAAGGAGCUCUAUUUUUACCUAUGGUGUGCUUCUGGCCGUUGGGUUUUUGAUAGAGAUCAGCUCGGAGAUUCCUACCUGCGAUUCUGUUCUUUUGCUAGCAAAUUGAGACUAGAGAAUCUUACCGUUAGUCUCCACGUCUUUGCGGGUGACCUUUUGCAUCGUAUCGAAGAAAUUAUGGCCGAAGAGGGAGACUAUGCCACAGUAGGGGGAACGAGGCAAAUUGGAGUCUCGGAGAAUUUCAAUCUAACAAUGAGAGUUGAAGUAAAUGUAAUCUGGCAGGUCUGGGCCAGUGACAGCACACAGAAAGUCGAAGAUUUGGAAGAGAAGUAUCAGCCGAUGAUCAGAGCUCUGAUGAUGCCAACUAGUCUUGCGAAGAAAAUCCAAGAUUCAACAACGUCAGAAGUGGGUCAAUAUCUUAGAACACGGCUUGGAUAA